GUGUCUUGCUUAUUGUGGUUGUGUUACAGACAAACAGAGUGUUGUUGUUGUUGUUUUUAAAGUAGUACACCGUGUCUCGCUCGUUGUUGAGAUUAACGGCGAUUUAGUUUUUUCCAUCCGGUGGAAAGACUCUCGUGUCCCAUCGUGCUCGUGCUCCGGUGAACGCGCCACGACUCCAGGUCAUAUAAAACCAGCCGCUCUGGGAUCCGGGCCCAGUCCAGGAGACGGCAGGGCGGGAUUUUCCAGCGGUGACGUCCCGAAGUUUUUCCCAGCAAGCCCCCGUCACUCCCGACAUCAUGGCGUAGCGAUGUGCACGGCCCGGGGGGAAGCGUAGCACUGGCGGGCACCGAGCAGUAGACGAACCGGACACCGCGGAGUUGGUUUUUAAUAACCAGGAAAACGAGGCAAACUAACGGGAAAGAUCCCAGGUUUCUCCGAGCGGAGCUGCGAUUGAUCAGUGAUUGAAGAUGAUGGCUGAUGCCAGCGACAUGUUGGCAGCGGCCCUGGAGCAGAUGGAUGGCAUUAUAGCAGGUUCAAAGGCUCUGGACUACUCCAACGGGAUGUUCGACUGCCAGUCGCCCACCUCCCCCUUCAUGGGCAGCCUGCGGGCGCUUCACCUUCUGGAAGACCUGAGAAGCGUCCUGGAGAUGAUGGACACAGAGGAAAGGGAGAAUCUGCGCUGCCAGAUCCCUGACUCCACAGCUGACAGUCUGGUCGAGUGGCUCCAUGGUCAACUGUCCAAUGGACAUGUCUCUCUGGGUAAUGGUGACCACUACCAGGAAAGACUUUCCCGACUUGAAAGCGAUAAGGAGUCUCUGGUGCUUCAGGUGAGUGUGUUGACAGACCAGGUGGAAGCUCAGGGAGAGAAGAUUAGGGAUCUGGACUUGUGUUUGGAGGAGCACAGGGAGAAACUCAACGCCACUGAGGAGAUGCUGCAACAGGAGCUUCAGUGCAGAAGUUCUCUGGAGACCCAGAAGCAUGAGCUGAUCUCUGAAGUGUCCAACCUGAAGCUGAAGCUCAAUAACAUUGACAAGGACAGAGUGAACUUUGAUGACAGAUUUAGGGACAGUGAGGUAUGUGAGGAUUUGAUUCUUGAAAUUAACGAACUGCGGUACAGGUUGACAGACAUGGAGAGUGAGAAACUACUUUUCGAAAAGAAACUUAAAUCAACAAAGGAGGAGCUCGCCAUACUGAGAAGGCAGCUGGAGGGCAGAGACGGAGAGAUGAGGAGACUGCAGGAUGAGACGGGCUUCAAUGCCAUAGCCUUCAGCAGUGGAGAUCCCUCAGAGAGAGAUGAAACUCUUAGAAAGAGGCUGAAAGAGAAACAUGUGGAAGUGCAGAGAAUGAAAAAGGCAGUUGAAUCAUUGAUGGCAGCCAAUGAAGAGAAGGAUCGUAAGAUUGAGGAACUAAAACAGUCGCUGUUACGGUACAAGAAAGUUCAAGACAUGGUGAUGUCCGUGCAGGGGAAGAAAGACAAAACCAAAGAGAACGAGUAUGUUGGUGAUGCUUCACUUGCGUUCUUAAACAUCCCCAUGUCCUUUGAACCAGAAAGGAAUGAAGCUACAGAUGUUCAGCAACUGAAAAGGAUGAGUCCGGAUGAGCUGGAAAGUCUGAAUGGAUUGAGUGAAGAGUCUUCACCUGCACCGAGCCCCUCCGACCCAGAACCAGUGUCUGAGUCUUCACCAACAGAGAUGGAGAGUAACCAAGAUACCACAAAGACGAGCAGCCAGGAACAGCUGGAUAAGAGCGAUAAGGGCAAUAAUGAAAAGAGCCCAAGUGAGGAAAACGGUAAGAUGAGUGAAAAGCCACCUUUGAGUCCCUCGGCCACUUUGCCCGCAAACACAGAGUACGACAGCUUUGGCUCGAGAAAAGCUAGAACAUCUUUUGGAAAAGGUUUCUUCAAGAUCCGCGGUGGCAAAAAGUCCGGCAGCACUCCCAACCUUGACCGCAGCCGGAGUGCGAGUGCGCCUAUGCUAGCUGAAACAGAGCAGCAGGGCACCGACCACCUGGAUCUGGCCGGGCUGCCACAGCGGUCUGCUAACAGUGACAGUACCAACACGCUCUCUACCACCCCAGAAGGCAAAAAAAAAUCCAAAGGAAUAAUGAAACUAUUUGGAAAGUUAAAAAGAAGUCAGUCUACCACAUUUACCCUGGAUGACAACUUAUCAGAGGGUGAGUUCAAGCGGGGUGGUGUGCGAGCCACAGCAGGACCCAGACUGGGUUGGUCACGUGAUCUCCAGCAAGUCAACAAUGAGGUUGAUGCUCCCUUUGCACGCUGGUCAAAGGAUCAGGUGUGUAACUGGCUGCAGGGCCAGGGUCUGGGUCUUUACGUGAACAUGGCUCGUGUUUGGAUCUCCUCUGGACAGACACUGCUACAGGCCUCACAACAGGACCUGGAGAGGGAGCUGGGCAUCAAACACCCGCUGCACAGAAAGAAGCUGCAGCUGGCUCUGCAGGCCCUCGGCUCAGAGGAGGAGGACAAUAAGGGAAAGCUGGACUACAACUGGGUGACAAGAUGGCUGGAUGACAUUGGUCUGCCUCAGUAUAAGACCCAGUUUGAUGAGGGGAGAGUGGACGGCCGCAUGCUGCACUACAUGACAGUGGAUGACCUGCUUUCUCUGAAGGUGGGAAGCGUCCUGCAUCACCUCAGCAUCAAGAGAGCUAUUCAAGUUCUCCGACUCAACAACUACGAGCCCAACUGCUUGCGUCGCCGUCCGUCUGAUGAGAACAACAUCUCUCCAGCAGAGAUUUCACAGUGGACCAACCACAGGGUGAUGGAGUGGCUGCGCUCUGUGGAUCUCGCUGAAUACGCUCCCAACCUGAGAGGCAGUGGUGUGCACGGUGGCCUGAUGGUUCUGGAGCCGCGGUACAACGUGGAGACCAUGGCGCUGCUGCUGAACAUCCCCCCAAACAAGACUCUGCUGCGGCGCCACCUCGCCACACAUUUCAACCUGCUCAUUGGCUCCGAGGCUCAGCAGCUCAAACAGGAGUGUCUCGAAAACCCAGACUACACUCUGCUUACUGCCACCACCAAGGUCAAGCCGAAGAAGCUGUCGUUUGGUAGCUUUGGCAGUCUGAGGAAGAAGAAGCAGGAGGACAGUGAGGAGUACGUGUGUCCGAUGGACGUGGAGAUGCCAAAGGGAAGAAGCUUCCAGAAAGGCUACGAGCUCCAAAUCUACGAGGACGACCUCGACAGGCUCGAACAGAUGGAGGACUCCGAGGGAACUGUGAGACAGAUUGGAGCUUUCUCCGAGGAAAUUCAAAACCUGACGAGCAUGCUGAAAGACGAUGAAUUCUUCAAAGUGGUUUCGAAUUCACCGAGCCUCAGUGUAACAGACGAGGACUCGAACGCAUGAGACCGUCGGCCCCGUGAGACCUGGUCCUGCUGUGAAUGAAACUCUGUGCCAACCCUCUCCAGCCACACAAAGACCCAGCAACGCUCCCACGUUUCAUUUUAGUGUUACAUUCAGAGAUGAGCCAAAAGUAUUAGUGUAUUUCUAUUUUUCUCAGUUUUUAGAUAAUGGAUUUGUUAAACGUAGAGACCAGUCGCCCACUAUGACUCCUGAACUUUGUCUCCUUUACUGUUGUGUGAUGAUGGAGGGAACAUUUGGGGCCACACCACUGCUCGCCUGCCAGCUGGUUUCUGGAGAUAUUUUGUACUUGGUUAUGUGCUGGCUUCUUUGAUUUUAUGGAGGAACUAAAGUGUCAACCAGCAGAAAGAUGACUUCUAGAAUAUGCACAUAUAGAUUUAAUAUAUGUCUUCUAAACUUCUGACUGUAGAACUUUUGGGAAAAAGAGGUGAACUUAAUAGAAGCAAUAUGCUGAGUAAAUUUUCCCCUGUUUUUUGACACUAGAAAUGAUUCUGAAACAGCUGCUAUGUUUUCUACCGAACUAAAACCUGCUAAUUAAUAACUGUCUUAUAACGUUUCCUCCUGUGGAGACUUGACAGGUUUUCACUCAACAGUAAUACUCUGCAUGCAUUUGCACCGAUACAUAUCAUAUUGUACAAAUGAAUAUCAUGGCAUGGUAUUAAAAUCCAUCACAUUUAUACACAGGUUUGUUGUUUCUUCUAUUAGAACCGCAAACUGAUUUUUAAAGGAAACCUGUUGGCUCACAGUUAUUUUUGGAAAGAGUUUAAUCAUGACGUUAGAUAAUGUCUCAAAGUAAUAAUUUUGUAAAGGUCAUACCUAAGAACGUAAAUUGUGUGGGGUUGUUUUAGUUUUUUGUACGUUUAGAUCAAGAUUAGGACCAAUAAAGUUAUUUAAGUCAACUGGGCGUUUCCUCAUUAUCAAGUUAUGAAUGAGCACAGUGGGAGAUGUGGGAAAAAUGUUUGUUUGUUCUACAAAACAAGGCCAUUAAAGAAUAAAGCAGCC